AUGGCCAAGGGCAAGAACAAGAACAAAAAGAAGAACGCAGCUCCAGCUCAGAAUGCAAGCACAUCUAAAGCUGCAGAGCCUAAGCCGGUGGAGCCGGAAACUAUAGAGUCAAAGCCAGUGGAGGAGGAGCCUACACCUGCACCUGUAGCGACACCUGCGCAAAUAUCAGCAACAUUGGCACUCCCAGAAGAACCUACGCCCGCUAAACCCCUCGUUCUCGGUAAAUCAGCAAACUCUAGCACUAUAGAUCUGAAAGAUGCCAUGAAGAUGUCUCCUACGACGGAAGAACCGGUGGCUAAAGAAGAUCCGAUUGUACCAAAGAAAUCCGUCGAGUCCUCAAGAAAAUCUCUAUCAAUUGCAAAAGAAUCCGAGCCAGAACCUGAACCCGAAAUAAAAGUACUAGAGCAGGAGAAGGCAAAAGAGAUCCCACAACCACCUACCAUGGAGACACCUCAGGAAACCAUGAAAGACCAAACUCCUUCGCAACCAGAAAUUCCAGCUCCUGCUACCGUUCCAUAUGUCUCCCCGUCAACUGAAGCUUCUUCUUCUAGACCACCUACCGGAGUUCAAGAUAUCCAUACCGAUGUUGCAGACGUAAAGCUACCUGAACCAGCCCAUACAUCUGCUCCGAAGAAGAAUGAAAUCGAACCUCUUGAUAACGAAGAACCCAAGCGCCCGACUACUUCUUCGUCUUCUGCGGGUGGAAAAGCACCGAGUGCUAUUGGCACUGCUGUAAAUGCUGCUGGCCGGUCUUCGACCGCCGAAGAGAGAGAGCCAAAGAAGGGAGAUAAGAAGGAAGGUGGAUUCAAGGGGCUGUGGGGUCGUAUUGUCUCCGCGUUCAAAUAA